CGGAAGCCCAUUCUCCACCCGGAAGUGGUUAUUGAGGAUCAUGGCGUUGCUGGUGCGAGUCCUUAGGAACCAGACUAGCAUUUCCCAGUGGGUUCCAGUAUGCGGCCGAUUGGUACCUGUGUCUUCUCCCCAAGAACAGUGGAGCAGCACUCUGUCUGGUGCUUCCCAGUGGCCCCAGAUGAGCCAGUCUGGAGCAUGUGGUGCGUCAGAACAGAUUCCUGGAAUAGGCAUGCAGCUGGGUAGGAAGUAUCAGACUACACAUAAGCUUUCUACUCCCAAGGAUUCUCUACAACCUGUUGAGGAGAAAGUUGGUACCCUCACGAAGAUAAUAGAAGCCAUGGGAUUCACAGGACCUUUGAAAUACAGUAAAUGGAAGAUUAAGAUUGCGGCCCUGCGCAUGUACACUAGCUGUGUGGAGAAAACUGACUUCGAGGAAUUCUUUCUAAGAUGUCAGAUGCCCGAUACAUUCAAUUCAUGGUUUCUUAUAACUCUACUUCAUGUCUGGUAA